GGGGGCAGAUGGAGCUGAGGAUGGCUGCGCCCAGCCCCCCGCUGCUGGCGUGAGAGUCCUGGGGCUCUGGGGCCCCAUCCCCGCGAAGAACUUUCACACUAAGUUGCAGGAGGACUUUCAGAACCUGAAGAGAUCGGGAGACCAGAGCCUGAGGUCAGCCAGGAGCCGGGCAGCCCGCCCCGCUCCCGGCGCUCUUCUGCCCCGAGGAUGUCAAAAUACCAUGACAACCUAAACAAAAAGGUAGCCUCAACCAAAACCAAAGAAGGUCUGAAACUCGUGUUGAUAAGUGGAAAUGUUUCAUGUUUUCAGGCCGAUGUCAUUGUCAACACUGUACCCACGGAUCUUCAGCUUGGAAGAGGAUCACUCUCUCAGUCUCUUUUGUGUAAAGCUGGUCCCAUGCUCCAGAAAGAGUUAAAUGCCACCAGACAGGAAACAGAGGAGGAAGUGGGUAGCAUAUUCAUGACAAGUGGCUGCAAUCUGAACUGCAAAGCUGUGCUCCAUGUUGUGGCUCCAGACUGGGAUAAUGGAGCAGGGUCUUCUUGGCAGGAAAUCUGGGGUUUCCCAAAGCUGUAUUUGCUGAACUAAUCCUGUCAGAAGUGUCCAAAUUUAGUAACAGUGCGUGGCUGAAAACCUUACAAAAAGUUUACUUUCUGGUAC